AAUUAAUCAUUUAUGUAAAUAAAAAUAAAAACUAUAAAAUUUAACAUUUGUUUAUGUGAAGACGAGAAAUUGAAAAGCACCUUUAAGCAAAGGUUGGCUGAGCAUUUGCAUUUUCCUCCUCCAUGCUAGUAGGGACAGGUUGACGAAGAAUCCAAUUUCUCUUGCUAUUGUAUGCAUUUCGUUGAGAAAGAGUGUUUCAGAUCCCGAACCGCAUCGUACGGUACCACAAGUACGAGUUACAGUUAUAGUUAUAGGUAGUAGCGUUAGCGUGAUCAGAUCAGAAUUGUGAUCGUGGAUCGAAGCAAUGUUCAAAUUCUUGAAAGAGGUGGUGAGUGGAUCUGGCACGGGCCUCAAAGAUCUCCCAUACAAUAUCGGUGAACCUUAUGCUUCUGCUUGGGGCUCUUGGCUUCAUUUUCGCGGCACCUCCAAGGACGAUGGUUCUCCGGUGUCCAUAUUUUCUCUGUCUGGGAGCAAUUCUCAGGAUGGACAUUUAGCUGCGGGGCGUAAUGGCGUUAAGCGUCUUCGCACUGUUAGGCAUCCGAAUAUUUUGUCGUUUCUUCACAGCACCGAGAUUGAAACCGUCGACGCUGGUUCUCCCAAGGUUACAAUUUAUAUGGUGACUGAGCCAGUGAUGCCGCUGUCCGACAAGAUUAAGGAGUUGGGUCUUGAAGGUACACAAAGGGAUGAAUAUUAUGCUUGGGGCCUGCAUCAGAUAGCAAAAGCUGUGAGCUUCUUAAAUAAUGAUUGUAAACUUGUUCAUGGUAAUGUUUGCUUGGCUAGUGUUGUUGUCACACAAACUUUGGACUGGAAACUCCAUGCUUUUGAUGUUCUAUCAGAGUUUGAAGGGAGUAAUGAAGCUUCCUCUGGGCAAAUGCUGCAAUAUGCUUGGCUUGUUGGAUCACAAUACAAACCAAUGGAACUGGCAAAAUCUGACUGGGCUGCAAUUAAGAAGUCUCCUCCAUGGGCCAUUGAUUCUUGGGGCAUGGGUUCCUUAAUCUAUGAGCUAUUCUCUGGUAUGAAGUUGGGCAAAACAGAGGAGUUACGCAACACUGUCUCCAUUCCCAAGUCUCUGCUUCCAGAUUACCAGCGGCUACUGAGUUCUGUGCCCUCUCGUAGAUUAAAUACAUCAAAGCUUAUAGAAAACAGUGAGUAUUUUCAAAAUAAGUUGGUAGACACAAUACAUUUCAUGGAAAUUCUUAGUUUGAAAGAUAGUGUUGAGAAAGACACCUUCUUCCGCAAGCUUCCAAAUUUGGCAGAACAGCUUCCUCAGCAGAUUGUGUUGAAAAAGUUACUUCCUUUAUUAGCUUCUGCGCUUGAAUUUGGUUCAGCUUCUGCCCCUGCUUUGACUGCAUUGCUGAAAAUGGGUUCCAGUCUUUCUGCUGAGGAGUUCCGUGUCAAGGUGCUUCCAACAAUUGUUAAACUUUUUGCAUCCAAUGACCGAGCUAUUCGAGUUGGCCUUCUUCAACAUAUUGAUCAGUUUGGGGAGUCAUUAUCAGCACAAGUUGUUGAUGAGCAGGUUUACCCUCAUGUUGCAACUGGGUUCUCUGAUACAUCUGCUUUUCUGAGGGAACUUACUCUCAAGUCCAUGCUAAUUCUGGCUCCAAAGCUGUCUCAAAGGACCUUUUCAGGAUCAUUAUUAAAGCAUAUGUCAAAGUUACAGGUUGAUGAAGAACCAGCUAUACGAACAAAUACUACCAUCUUAUUGGGAAAUAUUGCAAGCCACUUAAAUGAAGGGACAAGAAAAAGAGUGUUGAUAAAUGCAUUUACAGUCCGUGCUUUACGUGAUACCUUUCCCCCUGCUAGAGGAGCAGGCAUUAUGGCUUUAUGUGCAACCAGUUCCUACUAUGACAUCACAGAAAUUGCUACUCGGAUUCUUCCUAAUGUUGUUGUACUCACAAUUGAUCUUGAUAGUGAUGUGCGAUCUAAGGCAUUUCAAGCUGUUGAUCAAUUUUUGCAGAUGGCGAAGCAACAUUAUGAAAAGACAAAUACAGCAGAGGCUACUGAGGGUACAGCCAUUGGAAUCUCUUCACUUCCAGGAAAUGCAGGUUUACUUGGAUGGGCUAUGAGCUCCUUGACUCUUAAGGGUAAACCUUCUGAUCAUGCUCCAGUUGCUUCUGUCAGUUCUAGUGCACGUACUCCAACAUCUUCCAAUGCUAGCCCAGCUGUAGAUGCUCCUUCAACAGCACCUGUUCGUGUAAGCUCCACACCAGAUUUUGCUGAACACCUUGUCCCUACAUCCCCAACGUCAACAGAUGGCUGGGGGGAACUAGAGAAUGGACUAGGUGAAAAUGACAAGGAUGGGUGGGAUGAUCUGGAACCACUUGAAGAAAUAAAGCCAACUCCAGCUCUUGUAAACAUUCAAGCAGCUCAAAGGAGGCCAGUUUCUCAACCUGUUUCACAGAUAAAACAAGCCUCAAGUUUGCUAUCCAAAAGUACGCCAAAGUUGAGCAAGGAUGAAGAUGGUGAUUUGUGGGGUUCCAUAGCAGCUCCUGCUCCAAAAUCAUCAAAACCUUUAAGUUUGAAGUCAACUGUAACUGACGAUGAUGAUCCUUGGGCUUCCAUUGCUGCUCCUGCACCCACUACUAAGGCCAAGCCCUUAUCAGCUGGUAGAGGAAGGGGUGCUAAACUUGCUGCUCCAAAGUUAGGUGCUCAGCGGAUAAACCGGACAACAUCAUCCGGGAUGUAAACGGAAUUGCCACUUUCCAGAGAACGAAAGGAACAAGGAAAUAUUGAAUCUGUACGUUGCCUUUUAAUUCUGGUGGCUGGUGAUCAUGUUAAAUUACAUUUGUCCUUUCUAUUAGCAUAAUUUGGUUUGUAAAUUCUUUUAAGUGCCAUUUUUAUUUCAAGGGAAAUCUUAAGGGCAGCAAUAGUUGAAUUAUUCCAGGGCAACAAGGCUAUGGUGUAAUUAGUUUCAUAUUGUUAUAGGAGAGUUUUUGGUCGAAUUAUUUCCUUAAACCUGUUCUAUACUCAAUGGUUCUAGUACUGUACACUUGUUUGUGUAUUUAGUGGUGCAGUAAUUAAGCAUAUAAACGUCAAGUGACGACUGAGAGCUUCUUAAAGGCAAGAACAUCUUAUAACCCUGAUUUAUUUGGUUAUUGUGAAUGAUAAAUAACUAAUUGCAAUUGGUCA